AUGGCGAGAUUUGGAUUAUUCGGCGAGAAUUCACGAGGUUUCAAAGUUUACCGGUGCAAAGCAAAAUGGCAGGUCGAAUCCUAGGCGUUUUCCGGCAAAUUCCAAGAUUAAAUAACAAAAUCAAAGCAGAUGCUGGUUUCAAAAGAGCAUUCUCUACCACAAAUAUAAUGAAUUAUGGCAAAUAUCUCAACUAUAGGAUUGAAGAUGGUAUUGCAGUUGUCAAGUUUGAUGAGAAAGAUGCUAAGGUGAAUACACUGUCAAGAGGGACCAUGGAUGAAUUUAAGGAGGUUUAUCAAGAAAUAUCUAAAUCCCCAGAUGUUAAAGGAAUUGUGAUCAUCUCUGGAAAGCCAGACUGUUUCAUAGCAGGAGCAGAUAUAAAUAUGAUAAAUGCCUGCAAGACAGCAGCUGAAGCUACGGAACUGUCCAAAAAUGGUCAGGAUAUGUUCAACGAAAUUGAGGCCCUGAAAACCCCAGUGGUAGCUGCUAUAAUGGGAACAGCCUUGGGAGGAGGACUUGAGACUGCACUAGCGUGUCACUACAGGAUUGCUGUAAACAGUAAGAAGACUGCAAUGAGCUGUCCAGAGGUGAUGCUCGGAUUAUUGCCUGGUGCCGGAGGAACACAGAGACUCCUGAAACUGCUGCCUUUUCAAACUGCUAUGCCAAUGAUGCUGACUGGUAAAUCUUACGAUGCAAAGAGAGGAAAGAAGAUUGGACUAGUUGACAUGGUUAUGGAACCUAUAGGUGAAGGAUUAAAGAGUGCAGAUGAAAACACAUUACAAGAAUUGGAGAGAAUUGCCAUCCUCACUGCAAAAGGAUUAGCUGAUGGAUCAGUUAAAAAACCAGAAAGAAAGAAGAAAGGAAUGAACAAGUAUAUAGAUAUGUUUGCCAGUUCACCGAUUGGAAAUAUAUUUUGGGAGCGAGGGGUUAAAGCUCCAGUAAUGAAACAAACUAAAGGAAAAUACCCAGCUCCUUUGAGAAUUAUUGAGGUAGCCAAAACUGGUGCAACAGAAGGUGCUGAGAAGGGAUACGAAGCAGAGGCAAAGGGGUUUGGAGAUCUAGCAAUGACUACAGAGUGCAAGGCAUUGAUUGGAUUGUUUAAUGGACAGACAGCCUGCAAGAAAAACAAGUUUGGUAAACCACAACGAGAAGUGAAAACAUUGGGUAUGUUAGGAGCUGGUCUGAUGGGUGCAGGUAUAGCUCAGGUCUCUAUAGAUAAAGGUAUUGAUGUGAUCCUGAAGGAUGUAACAGAGGCGGGUCUAGCCAGGGGAGAGCAACAGAUUACUAGUGGACUUGAUACCAAAGUGAAGAGGAAAAAGAUAAACAGUUUUGAGAAGGACCAGAUAUUAACUCAUUUGGAUCCAACAACAUCAUAUGAGCACUUUGGUAGAUGUGAUAUUAUUGUGGAAGCUGUAUUUGAAGAUCUGAAAAUCAAGCACAGAGUUGUCAAAGAAGUAGAACAGAAAAUCCCUGAACACUGUAUAUUUGCCUCUAAUACAUCAGCAUUACCCAUUACACAAAUUGCUGAGGCCAGCAUCAGACCAGAUAAGUUCAUUGGUAUGCAUUAUUUUUCACCAGUAGACAAGAUGCAGUUGUUAGAGAUCAUCACCACAGACAAGACUUCAAAGGACACAGCUGCUGCAGCAGUAUCUGUUGGUUUGAAGCAAGGAAAGGUUGUGAUUGUUGUUAAGGAUGGUCCAGGUUUCUACACGACCAGAAUAUUGGCCCCAACACUGUCAGAGGCUGUCAGAUGCCUUCAGGAAGGUGUUUCCCCAUCAAAGUUAGACUCGUUGACACGUGAGUUUGGAUGGCCAGUCGGUGUAGCGACCUUGGCUGAUGAGGUUGGAAUUGAUGUAGCAUCUCAUGUUGCGGAGGAUCUCGGCAAAGCUUUCGGUCCAAGAUUUGGAGGAGGAAAUGUCAACGUCCUCACAGAUAUGGUCAAUGCUGGAUUCUUAGGUCGUAAGUCUGGUAAAGGUGUAUAUAUUUAUGAAAAGGGUAGCAAGAAGAGACCUGAAAAUGAUGAGGCUAAACAGAUCUUGGAGAAAUAUAAGUUGGCUCCUAAAGAAGGUGUGACAGAUGAAGACAUCCAGUUCAAAUUGGCAUCGAGAUUCAUUAACGAAGCUGUUUUGUGCUUACAGGAAGGCAUCUUGGAAAAUCCUUUGGAAGGUGAUAUUGGUGCAGUAUUUGGUCUUGGUUUCCCACCAUUUCUUGGAGGACCUUUCAGAUACAUAGAUUUACAUGGUGCUCGCCAGCUUGUAGACAGAAUGUUAAAAUUCCAACAGUGGUAUGGAGAGGAAUUUCAACCUUGUCAAUUGUUGCUGGACCAUGCCAAUGAUCCAAGUAAAAAGUUCCAUAAAAACUGAUGAAGUGUUGUGUAUAAAUUAGGAUAUUCAAAUUAACCAAUUUAACUGACUGAAGAAGACUCAGAAAUUUCAGACAUUUGUAGAUGAGGGUAACUGGACCAAAUGUUUACCAGUUUAAACUGUGAUCAAAUUGAUUUACAUUUUUGUUCAUGUUUGUAUAUACAGAGCCUUGACUGUUUGAGCCAUAUCUGUUUAAAAAGGUGUGUCCUAUAUUUAUGUGCUUUUUCUUCAAAAGAAUAUAUUUCUGUUUAAGAGUGUUAAUUUUGUAAAUGAGAGAAGUGUUAGCCUCUCUUAGGUGUCUUAUAUUGAACAAUUGAUUGUUUGAUAUGUCUGAUACAAGAACAAAUGAAAUAACACCUGGGAUUUAGUUUCUAUAACAGCCAGAAGGAAGAAAACAAAUACAUAUACUGAUGUUAUAUGCUAGUACUGGCAGUGUAACUGACUCAUUGGUUCUUAAACCACUUGAGGUAUGGCAUAUAUGCUACACCCAUGUGUCAGAUUUAAUAUAUGGCAUAGUUCACUUAAAUACCUCCUAUAUGUGUUAAGAAUAGGUUCCAUUCUGCAUAUUUCAUAACUCCUCUUAAGAUGUAUAUGUUUUUGUGCUACAGUGAUUUAUUAUCUUCUCAGCCUGUUUUGAAGACACCUACUUUGUGAGAGUAUUUUCUCAAAAGAAAUGAAUGAAAUAUUAUGUAAUUUUAGCAUGCUGAUUAUUUUAUAUAGACUUCGGUAAUUUAUUUGAAUGUGCAACAUGACAACUGUUCAACAGUUCAUUGGUCACUGAGGUUGAUGUAUUAUGUUGGAACCCUUUACUAGACCAUGAUAAAGAACAUAGCAUGUUUAUUUACUAUGAAAUUAUCACCUGUUUGCGGGUGUUGAUAUCAUAAAUUCUGUUUAAGAGAACAUAAUAAAUGAAAUAUUUAUAAAUUUAA